AUGGCUGUAGCGGAAAUAAUCAUCGCUUGCCUAGCUGCAAGUAUGCUUUUAAUGUGUUGUGUCACGUGCUUCAUUCUCUACGUCUACCACAAGACUUCAAGUCGAUUGCGACGGGCAAGUCGUGGCAGAACACCAAAGCAGGUACAACAACUGCCAAAAGUGGAAGAACCAGCGCCACCGCCAGUCGAGGUUACAACAAAGGAAAUAGCAGUAAUAGCAGCAGCAGCAGCAGCAGAUGGCAAGAAUCAGAUAAAUGGGUUUCAAAAGAUCUCUACACCAGCUGCGAAGAGGCCCGACAAAUUACGAAUCGAUACGAAUAAAGUGUGCCCGGCACAGAGUGCGAUAGCUAUGGAAACAGACUACUCAGCGGACAGCUUCCUGGCAAGCAUGACGAAGGAGAGCACGAACCGCCGACGUCUUCUUCAAGACGAGUUCCUGGUUCUCUCGCGAACGGAGGCUCGCCGACUCACACGAAGCACAGACAGAGCGACGAGACACGCAGCUGCCAAUAGAUACUCAGACAUUGUGCCUUAUGAUCACACACUUGUGGAGCUCGACACUGGAGAUUACAUCAAUGCUAGUUUCGUUCAGGGCGAGUCUGAUGCAACACGAUGGAUUGCCACACAAGGACCGAUUGACAGCGGAGAGUGUAUAGGGAAAGAGACAGUUUCAGACUUUUGGAGAAUGAUCGUACAGUAUGAUGUGGCGUGUAUAGUGAUGUUGGGGCAACAUCAGGAGGAUUUUGUGCAAAAAUGCGGAGAAUACUGGCCUUCCGCAAUGGGAAAAACCGAACGAUACGGAGAAGUCGAUGUGAAGCUCGUGUGCGAACUCGAGGAAAAAACCUGGGUGCACCGUGAGUUCGACGUCUCGCCGACAAGCUCCUACAGCUCGAGCACUAAAAGCAGCCGAAAAAGCCGAGCCAGCAGACAACAGAGUCACAUGAAAGUGUCACAAUGGCAAUACAAAGAGUGGAAGGACACUGGCGGUGCGCCGCGAAUUGCCAACUUUCUCGAGUUCUUGCUGCAGGUUAGAGGACGACAAUACACGUCACCGAUUGUUGUGCACUGCAGCGCUGGAAUCGGCCGUACUGGUGUGUUCAUCUGCACGGAUAAUGUCAUAUCACGAUUUGAAUCGGAAGGAAUUAUCGACAUCUUCAGCGAAGUGAAUCGAUCACGGCAGCAGCGGCCAAGUAUGGUAUACACUGUCAAACAGUACGAAUGCAUUUAUGACAUUAUCGGAGAAUACUUGAGGAACUACCAUCAGAAGAAGUAG